AUAUCUAUAUUCUGUUUCUGUAAAGUCAUGAAAUUUUAAAAUUUGUCUUCAAUGUUGUUACAGUGUUACUUGUUAGUUGUUAGUCAGUUGACAGUUUCGACUUCUUAAAACUUAAAGUAUUUCUAUAAUGUUAUAGCCCUACCGAUCUUCUCAAGUAGUUAUAAGCAUUUUUAGUUUGGAAAUAAACAUAUAAAUGGGGGCAGAAAAAUCCAAACCUCAAUCGAACAUAACUGACUAUGAACUACAAGUUGCACUUGAAAAACAACGAAUAAUAUAUGAAAAGCAGACACAAGCUUUAUUAAAAAUUCAACGUGACGCUUUUGCUAAAUCACAGGAAAAACAAAGAACAAGUAAGGCAACAAGUAGCACUUCGAAUACCCCAGGUUCAUCGGUUACUAAUUCAAUAUAUCCUAAUCUGCCAGGCCCGUCAAAUCAGAACCAAUUCUCCCCGCCAGAUUUACCCCUUAAUAGGAAUUUGUAUGUGCAAAAUGUGGAACCAGCCUAUUUAGAUGGCAGUUUUCAAGUUCCCAGUCGAUCUUUAUAUUUUUUUAGAACACCAACAGCUCCACCGCUAUCAAUUUUUAAGCAAGAAACGCAAACUCGUAUCAUGCAACCGCGUCGACCACAAUCAAUUGAUCAUCCAUUCAAGUAUCGUAUGCGCUGUCCUAAUUGGAUACAUGGAUGCACAUUACAUUUUGAAAAACAUCAACUUACUGCCCACGUAGAAGAAUGUCCUUUCAAUGAUUUAAUAUGUCCCAUGAACAGUUUAAAUGGAUGUUCAUGGAAAGGCAAGCUUGACCAUAUCAAAGUGCAUUUCGCCGAAGUUCACCCUCAAUGUUCAAAAAUCCAAAUAAAUAAGGAGGACACUUUACACAUCUGUGGUAACUAUCAGUUCAUACAUUUAAUUACUGUUGACUCGUACAAUUUUUUAUUGCACCUACAAGUAGACCAAUACAAGAAACAAGUUAGCUUUGGAGUGCAACUUAUCGGUUCUAAGGUCAGCGCAACGAAAUGGACUUAUGAAAUUCGGGUCUAUAAUAAAAAAGAACCUCGGAGGUUAUUCGGGUACGUUGACAAAUGCCACUCAAAUUGUGUACCUCUCCAAGAUAUCACCGACCAAUUUGCGAUAAUUAGCCUCGACUAUGCCAAAACAUUCUCAGAACAAGAUGUAAUAACAUUUAAGAUUUUCUUGAGAAAAGCUGUUCGUCCAAGUGAAAGAUUAGUACAAAAUGAAGAGAAACCACCUCACGGUUUAAAUAAAAGAUGGCAAACUAGGAAGCGAAUUUAAUUGAAAAUUUAAAUCACGUAGCGCCGAGGAUUAUAUAAAAACCAUCAAUUAGCGAGGAAAUUUUUUGACUAUUUAUUUUAAAAUCUAUCAAUAAAAGAAACCCAAAAAUGUUAGAAUUUUGUUACAGUACCUAUUAAUAGUUGAUUAAAAUUUGUAUUUAGACCGCAAAUGUCCGUCAAAAAAUUGAACUUUAAUUUUGAGCCUAAUAUAAAAUGUGUAAAUUUUCUUUAUUAAAAUUUUGCUAAACAUUUUAUUUUUUACGAUGUUUGAUUACUAAGAAAAUAAAAUAGACAGACACGACAACCCCACUCACCAACAUUUAAAAAAAUAGUAUACAUUAAUCACUUGGUAGCUUAACUAGUAAAUUAGUAUUUAAUUUAAUAAUUUGCCGCUUCAUUCGUAGAAGCCCCAACAGUUAUUAUUUUUCUAAGCUAUUUUAGUAUUUUUGAAACAAGAAUCUUUAUGACAUUAAUUGGUAAAGUUCUGUUAUAAACCUAAGUGUUUAGAGACACUAAUUGCUAAGUUCACAGUUUUUUAUAUAAUAAACCUCUGAGUUAAUAGUUUUAGGUUUACAAAUUUAACUAUUUACACAGCAUGUAAUUUCGCUAGGGAUUUACUUAUAUACUUAGCUUAACUUACUUUUUUAUGUUCAUUCCUUAUCUAACUACAACUAAAUCUGAUGGACUCUUUUCAAAUUCUUUGCCCAUUCUAUUUAACAGACACUACAAUGUAAAGUAUAUAUAGUAGACCGGCCAGAUCAAUUAAUAAACCCACACGUGCGAUGACGCGGGGCUUUUAAUAUUUACCAGAGCUUAAUGUUUGUAAAAUUUAACAAAUUUGUAAAUUAGGAUUUAUUCAGAACAGAUUCAUGCCUCAAUAUAUAUAUAUGGUCACGAACACAAAAUUGGACCUAAAGGUGCGAGUUGAGAUACACAAAAAAAUUGGUUAUAAUAUAAUGUAAAAUAGGUGAUUUGACAUUUCCACUGACAAAGCUUACAAAAAUUGUGGCGCUUCUAGAAUAACAUUAAUUGCGGUUGGUAGCGAAGCAUGACUCCUACACUUACGAUGAAACCACGCUUGGGUGGGGUGUAUACUGUAUAAGUAUACAAAUAAUAUUAUUGCUAAAGCAAUAAAUAACGCAGAAUGUACAUCCAAAAUCAAUUACAUAGAUUAAAAUUUAUAAUGGAUGAUCCCACCCAAUCCUGUUUGGCAUUUGGCUAGUAUACAUCCAGGCGAUUUUACAUAAUAUCUUUACUACGAAAAAGAUAUGAGUUUGAACAUCCUUUCAUGAUUGUGAAUUUAAUGUAUAUUAGUUAUAUUAACUUGUGAAAUGUUUAUUUUUUUUUAAUCUUGCCACUUUUUGAAUACAUACCUACUAGACCUAUCUUCUUCUUUUAGUGCCUCUCGAUUACUGGAGGUUGGCCAUCAGUACUUGACCUAUACAGUAUACAAUCAUUAUAAUCUCAAUUCUUAGUAUUUUCAAAUUGCUGGUAAGGUCAAAAAUACUUUAAGGUUCUAAGGCCUUUACUUAUAGGUAGGCUUAAGUUUCUGUAUUCGUUUUAUAUUUAAUCAGUUAAAAUGUGUAUUUAAUUGUUUGUAUUCUAUAGUUUUAUAUCACUAUUUGUGUGAAUAAAUGAUUAUAAAGA